AUGAAGGCUGCCUUGGAUAUCUUCAACAGUGACCAGAACAUGAAGUUCAACUUGGAACAUGCGUGGAGGGAGUUUAGGCAUGAUGUGAAAUGGUGUUCCACCUAUCUGGAGAAGGACAAUGAUAAGCGCAAAACUGCGGAUACUCUGGUUGCAGAACCAAAAGAUAGACCAUUAGGGAUUAAGGUUGCGAAGGCUGCGGGUAAGAGGAAGAAAACUGGAAAAGAUGAAGAAUUAACCAAGCUUGAAGGGCUGAUGGAGAUGAAAAAGAAAAUCUCAAGGCAAAGUUUGCUUGAAAGUUUGCUUGCAAAGCCUGAGCCACUGUCUAAUAUGGAAUUAGCACUGAAAACGAAACUGUUGUCAUGA